AUGGCUCCCACAGUAAAGUAUACUUAUCCCUCGCCGCUGGCAGGUUUUGAGAAUGCUCCCCCGCUGUCGGAGGAGAAGAACGAAGACGGCAAGAGUCUAGUCAAUCCGGCACGUGAGGGCCGCAGCAUAGCAUACGAGCGCUUCAUUGACCCUUUGGACCAGGGUCGCCGCGGUGGUUUCGACAUUCACAUAUAUUAUUUCCAAAAUGACAAGGAGCAGGCCAAGUACGCAUUUGAACUGUGGGAGCGGAUCAGGCGAGAGUUUCCCGAGCUGAGAAUCUACCGAUUCUGGGACAAACCAGUCGGACCUCACCCCGUGGCUAUGUUCGAGGUGAACGUGUUUACGCCAGCCCAGUUCGGAGCGUUCGUCUCUUGGUUAGCCGUUUGGCGCGGCCCGCUUUCCGCUCUUAUCCACCCGAAUAUGCUGCCAGGUGAGGGCGAGUCUGAGAACGAGGCUGCACUGAGGGACCACUCCGAGAGGGCCAUUUGGAUGGGAGAGAGGUUUCCGCUUAAUUAUGGCCUGUUUCAGACUGCCAUUGAGAAUGAGAGGAAGUCUCAGCAGUGA